AUGGUGGGGUAUAAAAAUAAGAGGGGAAUUCCCAAAUGCACCAUAAAGAUUGAUAUUCAAAAGGCAUAUGAUAUCGUGGAUUGGAAUUUUCUUAAUAGAAUUCUGAAGGGGUUUGGGUUUCAUCCGAUAAUGACCCAGUGGAUUAUGGCUUGUGUUUCUUCCCCAUGGUUCAUGCUUAAUUUUAAUGGUGAAGAUCAUGGGUAUUUUGAAGGAAAGAGGGGUCUUAGGCAGGGAGAUCCUCUAUCUCCUUACCUAUUUACUAUAGUUAUGGAGGUGUUUAAUAUCAUCCUUGUCUUUUCUUAUGGUAAUGGGAAUUCGGCUAGAAUUAUAAGGGAUGCCCUUGAUGAGUUAAAAAAAGUUUCAGGGCUGAAGGUGAGUAUGGAAAAAAGCCAGAUUUUCUUUAGUUGUGUUAAGCCUAAUAUGAGAAGGAUUAUCUUGGGUAUUCUUCCUUUUGAUAUUAGGAGAUUUCCUUUUAAGUAUUUGGGUGUUCCUAUGUGUGUUACUAAGCUAUUUGGUAGAGAUUGUAGAAAGCUGAUUGAGAAGAUUAAGAUGAGAAUUUUCAAUUGGAAAAGCAAGGCUUUAUCGUUUGCUGGUAGGCUGCAGCUCAUUAAUUCUAUUUUGACAUCUAUUCAUGUGUAUUGGGCUUCGAUUUUUAAAAUUCCCAUUGCUACUAUCAAAGAGAUUAAAAAGUUGUGUAGAACUUUCUUGUGGGCGAAUGGUGAGAUAGUCAAAGGGAAAGCUAAAGUCAAAUGGAAUGAUAUUUGUAAGAGUAAAGUUUAUGGAGGUUUAGGAGUAAAGAAUUUAAGGAAAUGGAAUGAUGCUUUGUUAGCUAAACACGUGUGGAAUAAAAAGAGUAUGAGCUGGACUUGGAAGAGGUUCCUGGAGGUGAGGAAAAUUGUUAGGCCCCAUGUUGUUUCAUGUGUGGGAAAUGGGAUGAGUACUUCUCUAUGGCAUGAUUGGUGGCACCCAUUAGGUAUAUUAGGUUCAAUUAUAUCUAGAAGAGAUUGGGUUAGCAAUGGGUUUAGUGAUUCUUCUUUGGUGUGGUGUGAUAUUAAUAACUUUGGAGACAAAGUUCCUUGGCAUGAUAUUGUUUGGUAUAGUAAUUGCAUUCCUCGAAAUUCGUUUAUUUUGUGGAUGGCUAUUUUAAAAAGAUUGAAAACUCAGGUUCGUGUCAGAGGUUGGGAAGUUUCUGGUAACUUACUAUGUCCAUUUUGUGCUGUUACGCUUGAUUCUCAUAACCAUCUUUUCUUUAAUUGUGAUUAUUCUCAUUGUAUUUGGAGGUAUUUUUGUAAUAAGAUUGGUAUUAAUCUUUUUGUGGAUGACUGGAUUGAAUUGAUUGUGAAGCUGUGCAGUUUGUUUAAAAAGAAUUCUGGUGAGAAUCUGAUUAAUAAAUGUGUGUUUGCUAGUUGUGUUACUCAUAUCUGGAAGGGGAGGAACUCUAGAUUGUUCAGUAAUAGGAGAAAUUCGUAUGAGGGAGUGAUUGGUUGUAUCGAAAGUGAAAUAAGGUUAAAGCUGUUGGGAUUAAGGAAAAAGGCUAAGAUGGUCAAUGAUAAAGUUGAUAAGGCCUGGGGUAUUUCUGGAAUGGAAAAAAUCUAA